CAUCAGGAAAACGAGGGCAAUACGAACAAGAAUACCGAAUAGACUCAUAAAAUAGUGUGUGGUAAGGGUGAGAGUCAUCAGCUUCAUCCACACUAUAUGUACGGUAUGCAAAUUUACGUCUAUUGACCAAUUUAUUAUCACGGCGUCGUUACCAGUAUACAUCGCUUAUUAGCGAAAUGCGGACUGUCUUGGUUACACUUCCCGCAACAUGCGUUAUUCAUUCUCAGUUACAUCUCCCAGAGACGUCGCACACGCUCUCCGUAUAGUACUGCGUGUCCCCUUCACCGCACAGGGCUUAACAGAUGUCCUCACUACCAUCAACAGGUGUCCUUACUACCGUCAACGGGGCUUAACAGGUAUCCUUACUACCAUCAACAGGUUUCCUUACUACCAUCAACAGGUGUCCUUACUACCACCAACAGGUGUCCUUACUACCAUCAAUAGGUGUCCUUACUACCAUCAACAGGUUUCCUUACUACCACCAACAGGUGUCCUUACUACCAUCAACAGGUGUCCUUACUACCACCAACAGGUGUCCUUACUACCACCAACAGGUGUCCUUACUACCAUCAACGGGGCUUAACAGGUGUCCUUACUACCAUCAACGGGGCUUAACAGGUGUCCUUACUAACAUCAACAGGUGUCCUUACUACCAUCAACAGGUGUCCUUACUACCACCAACAGGUAUCCUUACUACUAUCAACAAGGACAAGGUUUUCCAAGGAAAUGGACAAUAUACAUAACAACGGUAGCCUGACGACCGAACAGAACUCAUUGUCUCUCCUACAAUCUAUAAUGGUGUGGACCUUAUGUUCAGUUUCAGUGAUCGCAUUUACGGAACAUUUUGUUAUACUGCUGCUUACUUGCGUGAACAAAACUCUGCGACAAAAGCCAUACAUUGUUUCAAUUCUUCUGUUGAGCAGUAGUGACAUUUUAUUGAGCUUUGCUUUAUUCUUAUUUUCGUUGAUUACAUUGGUACCGUUACAACAAACAUGGAUAUGUGGAUUUGCAUAUUUCCUAAUCCAACUUGGAUUUGUUACCUCUCUGGUUCAUACGUUGAUCAUAUGCACAGAACGAUAUUUAUGUUCAAGACCUAUUCCGAUUGAAGCCCUUUCUCUACGCAAACGUCAAGCGCUCACAUUGAUUAACAUGGGAAUAUGUUCACUGAUAUUAGGAAUACCGUACCUAUUUGCAGUUAAAGAACCCAUGGUAAAAACGUGUGUAGUGCUUUCUAUAUUUCGAGAUAACCUGCCAUAUGCAUUAGUUCCAGUGAGGUCCAUCACCUUUCUGAUUUGGAUAAGUACGAUCGUGAUCUAUGUCAUAACUGCAAAGAAUUUUCGAAAUGCUGUUCGAAGAACGGGUCGAUUAGAGUGCAGCUAUUGCGAUGUGGAGAACAGGGAUACUAAAGAUGUAAAGUCAGCAGAUAACAUACAAUCUGAUUCAGACGCCUCGCGUCAGUCAGGUUCAAUGACAGGUUUGACUAGCAAUAGAGAUCAAUCAUCUACUGAAAUAGAAAAACAAAAACGGAAUUCAAAGGAUGAAGUCAAAGUAAGAGAUGCUUUUACAAAACAGUCCGAGGAAAAAACAGUGAUAAGUACGAGCUCAUUUGAACCUGAAAGCAACAUACAAACUGAUCGAAAAAAUGAUAACCGCGCUGCGCAUGCGCAUUUUAUGGUCGUCAAGGCUGAAGGCGCAAAGACUGAAAAUAAAACAAUAGAAGAUAAUAUUAACAUCAAUGAAAUAGAGACUUUUCAAGCCAGUCUGGAUAAUGCUGCUGGGUACAUGUCUGACAAAUCUGCCAAUGCAUGCACUUGUGCGUGUUCAGUUAGGUUCCCGAGACGUAAACAUUCAAAAUCAUAUUCACAAGUACCAACAGAAGCCUUCAGAACCGUUUCGGUUGUUUUUGUGGUUUUCCUGAUAUCGAUGACACCUCAAUCCGUGGUAGGACCUAUAAUGAUAGCCUUUCCUAUGUCAGAAACUGUUGAAUUCGGGUGUGCGAUAUUGGCAAUUUCCUCCAUUCUGACCAACCCGUUCAUGUUUGCUUUUCUGCUAAAAGAUUUCAGAAGAGUGGUCAUGGGAUGCAAAUAAUAACAUUAAAACUGGGCCCCUGGAAUAGCAUGUCUUCAACGUACUAUGCAUGUAUGAACGUAAGAAUUAUACGACGAAAGCGAGAAGUGGCGUAUCUCCACCGUACUGUGUGUAUACACUGUCUUAGAAUUGUACCACGAUAGCGAGGAGUAGCGUGUCCCCACCGUACUCUAUAUAUACACUGUAUUAGAAUUAUACCACGAUGGCGAGAAGUGGCGUAUCUCCACCGUACUGUGUGUAUACACUGUAUUAGAAUUGUACCAAGAAAGCGAGGAGAAGCGUGUCCCCACUGUACUCUAUAUAUACACUGUAUUAGAAGUGUACCACGAUAGCGAGGAGAAGCGUGUCCCCACCGUACUCUAUAUAUACAGUGUAUUAGAAGUAUACCACGAGAAGUGGCGUAUCUCCACCGUACUAUGUGUAUACACUGUAUUAGAAUUGUACCACGAUAGCGAGGAGUAGCGUGUCCCCACCGUACUCUAUAUAUACACUGUCUUAGAAUUAUACCACGAAAGCGAGAAGUAGCGUGUGUCCACCAAACUCUAUGUUCAAUAGAACUGUAUCAGGAAAUAUAUCUUAUAUCUGUAAUAAAAGAUUGUUCACUUAUGUCAAUACUUUUAAUAUGGAGACCUCUUUUUAUUUGGCACCAGACUUUCAUUCAUACAGGUACGCGACAAGUGCCCUUACCCACCUGUUUGGACCACUUACACGAACGAUAGAGUUUUGCCAACGAAUCAAUUUGACCAAAACCAGAGGUUUUUGUAGCGCUCUCAGAGUGAACACUUGAAAUAGGUUUGAAAAAUUCAAAAGGUCCCAGGGGACUCUGCUACAGCCAAAAUAAAGCUCCUCACUAGAGGUAUACAGCAGGGGCAAGUUUUCCAUCCAACACUGUAUCAAAUAAAAGAUUAUCUUAUGUGGUCUGAUGAUUUUAUUUUCCAAAAGUAUGAUUUACUGCAAAUUAUGAACCAAAUAUACUUAGAAAAUAUAGGAAAUGAAUAUGUAACAUCAAUCUAAAGACAAACAUUGUCGAAUUUUUAAGCCAUAUUUUAGGUCAUCUGACUCGAAUGGACCUACAUCCAUCGUGCUUCGUUCGUCGUGCGUGAACUUUUCAUUCAAAUGACUUCUUCCCAGUAAUCAGAAGGACCAGGGAACUGAAAAUGGAUCUGCAGUAUGCUUGGAUAAAACCCUUCCAAGUUUUAUUCAAAUGGAUGACCUUGAUCUACCUUCAAGACCACGGGGUCACAUAGGCUAAAAUCUUCAAACGACUAUCCAAGAACCAAGAGGCACAGGGAUUAGAUAUUCGGUCUGUAGCCUGCUGGGGUGAAAUGAAUACCAAGUUUGUUCAGAUGGAUGACCUUGGCCUUCAUUCAAUGUCAUACGGGUAAAUAGGCUAAAGUCUUCAAAUUAAUUCUUCUCAACAGCCAAGAGGCCAAGUGAAUUUAUAUAUAAACCCGUAGCACGCUUGGGUUUGUUCAAAUGGAUGACCUUAACAAUCAUUAAAGGUCACGCAGUUAAAUAAGCUUAACAAAUUAACGACAUCUGCUCAACAACGUAUUAGGUCUGUACCAUGCUGAGGUGAAAGGUUUCCAGGUUUAUUCAAAUAAAUAACCUUGACCUUCAUUCAAGGUGACAUGAUCAAAUAGGCUAAAAUCUUCAAACAACUUCCUCUCAAAAACCAACA